AUGGCUGAGGAGAAUACUUCAAAGAUCAAAGAGACUGAGAAUUGUUCUGAUACUAAUCCUCAGGAGAUGAUGUCUGAAGAAGGUUCUGUAAGAACAGUAAUUGUAAAAGAUGUGGUAGACGUGGAAGAUGUUGUAUCUGUAGCACUAAAGGGUCAAGAAGAGUGUGUAUCAGUGACUAAAGAAGCGCCUAAACCACCAAGUGUGAGCUUGAGAAGGCACUCCACUGGAGCGAUAGGUACACGAGGAGGUAAACUAGAGGUUCAGUCACGUUACCUCGGGAAUCAUCAUGUGCCAUCAACUCAUGAUCUCUGUAAACACGGGAAGCUCCCUGAUCGUGAUGAUCCUGUGAAGCCUUGGAAGGUGGUGAGGAGAAGAAGUGUUGAAGGUUCAGAGGUGGUGAAAGCUGAGACUUCAGGUUUGAGAAGGAUGUCGUUGGGAAGUCCAAGUAGACAGAUUCGUAAUACCAAACCUCAGAGUCCUGUGGCUGCAAAGAGAGAUGCAUUGGCUGUCAAGAAAAGACCAUGUGGUUCUUCUGUGACUUCAGAGACAUCUAGUUAUAAAGGAGAUAAUGAGAUGGUGAGGUCUGUUGAUGGUUUAAGCGUUAGAAGCAAAGGAACUGAAAGUACUCUGAGUAGUGGUUCAGUUAUUGUUAAAAAGGUUCCUGGCUUGAGAAAUGAGAAGUCAGAUUCUGCUAUGAAGAAGGUUUCAAGAACCAGUGACGCUGAAAGUUCUAAAGUUUAUACUCCAAGGAUUAAAGACAAGGCAAAGGCUCAGGCAAUAAGCAAUGAAGAUGUAAAAGAGAAGGCAAAGGUUCAGACAAUAAGCAAUGAAGAUGUAAAAGAGAAGACUGUGUGUGUUGUUGAAGCUAGUGUCAAAGAUGUUAAGAGAUCAUCUGAGAAGAAAACCAUGAGAAGUAGACUAAUAAGCUUGGCUACUCCUAAACAGGUUCCUGGUAAAGUCAGUACCAGAAAGAAGAAAGAAAGUGGUGAUGCAAAGACUAAGAAGAUAGGUGUAAAGAUCACUCUAGCAAAGCAGCUGAGUUUCAAGAAAGGGAAGAGUCUUGCACCAAAACUUGAAGAUGCUUCUCCAAAACAGAUCAAGUUUAAGAACUUGAAAGGUGUUGUUGAGAGUAGAACCGAUUCUUGUGAAAGUAGUAAACGUGAAAAGGUGGUUUUGAGACGUAGAAAGGUAGAAGGGAAGAAGAAAAUGAUGACACUGUUGAACAGUGUGAUUGAAGAGACAGCGAAUAAGUUGAUGAAGGUGAGGAAGACCAAAGUGAAGGCUCUUAUUGGUGCUUUUGAAACUGUAAUCUCUCUUCAAGACACUAAGACACCUCAGGGUAAGGAGGAAACAUCAGAGUCUAAGGUUAAUCCUUUGGGUGAAAAUAAAUAA